AUGUCUGUGGAACAAUAUCCCUGUAUAUGGGAUAUUAAUCAUGCAGACUACCGUAACAGAGACAUCAAGGACCUCGCAUGGGAGCAGAUAUGUAAAGAAGUUUAUGAUGAUUGGGAAACGUGCGCCGACAAAUCAAACAAAUGUGCUGAAUUGAAGAAGAGGUGGACCAACAUUAGAGACUAUUACCGGAAGGAAGUACAAAACGCCAAAAAAGUUCCUACUGGCAGUGCAGCCAAAAAAGUUUCUGAAGGAAAUUAUCCACAAGAAAAAGAAGAAGAUUCAGAAUCUAAUCAAACACCAAAUGUAGAACAUAAUAUUGAACCGGAAGCUAUCAAUCAUUUGGAGUCGCCGAAGCCAACUUUACCAGUGGUUAAACAAAAAAGAAAGAAAGAUGUCCCCAGUGAGAUAUUAAAUACGUUACAACAAAAACAGAAACAAACUCCUGCUAAUACUGACGAAGAUGACGACACUAAAUAUCUACUAAGUUUCAGAAGUUAUAUGAAAACAAUGAAUGCUCGGCAAAAAAUUGAUUUUAAAGUGGGUAUGCUUAACUUGGUCAAAACAGUCACCAUGGAAAAUGAUCCAUCGCCACCACAGUCUCGAUACACGAACUAUUACCACUAUCGUGACAAUUCUUCAGGGCCGAAAAAUUCACCUAUAUAUUUGCAAAGUCCAUCUCCAUCACCACCAACUUAUCACUCAUUCUCCCAGCAGCAAAAUGACCUCCGUACGAAUACCCCUUGA